AUGUCUGGAUAUAAAAAAGAUACUAAUUUUGGUAAACACAAGGUAUCUGAGUUUGCGAAUUCAGAAAGUCUAAACGACGUAUCUUCAAACAAGCUUUCAAGGACUAUGUCAGAUACACUCCGUACAAAUUCAACGGAAAGCAAUCUUUUGCUUAAUAUGUUAAGGCCUGAUGUUUUAGAGAACAGAAAACAACCUGAUGGUCUGUCUGAUUUCAAGCCUAAUCCCAUUACAAAUAGCCCUGAAAAGCCAUUAGGCCUGCCCAAACAGCCAUUUUUCAACAGCUUUAAUCCCUUUGACUUUUUAGAAGCAACAAGUCCUUUAUUGCAGCGUCAAUCAUCCAGUUCAACCCCGGAAACAACAGAGAAGAGGGAUAUAGCAUCUCCCGUGAAAGUUAGGAAACAACAGGAUGCUUCCCCUUUGACUUUUAGGAAAGAUGACACCUUUAAGAAGGAGCAGAAAUCAAAGUCGAAAACUUCAUUUGCUCUUCAUCCUUUCCCUAGUCCUACAAAGAAAGAAAGAAGUGAUAUGGAAGAGAGUCAUUUUUCUCAAUUUAUAGAUGAUAAAAACCUUCCUCAUGAGGUUUACAGUAUUGAUCCACCUAUGGGUCGUUCGUUCACCCUCCCACCAUCAUGCAUAUCAUCUCCGUUGUUGGUUGAGUCUUUCCACACAUUAGCGAAGCAGAAUCUUCCAUAUAAUUGCUUCUAUGAGCCUUUAGCUUUGGCUGAUAAAAAAAAUCAGUAUGCGGCAUACGUUGAUCAAAACCUCAAUGGAGUUUGCGUGUUAAAUGUCGAUACCAAGCAAUAUUGUGCUUUGGAUUGUGAAAGCCAAGUAGUUUACCUGGGAUUCGGAGAAGAUACAUCCUCUAACAUAUAUUUACUUGUUACUGAUUGUGAAGGUAAAGCUUCAGUAUGGAAGAUAAAUGACGGCGAUAACAGUCUUAGUGCUUCUUUGGCUUUAAGCGUCUUCCAUCCGUUAUUACGAGGUUGCACCUGGGUGUCUGGGGAUUCUAAUUUUGUUGGUGUUUUAGUGAAAAACAAGUACCAUGUAAUACAGGUUCCAUUAAACAAGAAGAGCAUGAAAAUUGGGUCAGCAGAGCUUUUAGACAAUUCGGUUAUUACCGUGGAGGCUCCUUCUACCAUCAACUCUUGUUCGCUAUCAAUGGAUAAAACCGUGCUAGCUUUAUUAGUGGAUUUUAAAGUCUAUUUAUACCAAGUGGCCUUGUCAGCUGGUGCAAAUACUGAAAAACUUAUUUCUACUCCUUUUGCAUUCAUAGAAUUACGUUCACCUUCACCUGCUAAUUCUAUCUUCUUUUUGUCUACUAAAAGGAAGGAUGGCACGUUUUUGGAUAGGAUUUUGUGCAUAUCGUACAACCAAAGUUCUACUUUAUUGUUGUUUGAUUUUGGAUGCCGUCAGGUCACUCAAGAAAUAAAAUUGAAGAAUGAAAAUCGAAAGUUCUCUCCACACAUAUUGGGUGUUUCCAAUAACCAGGACUUGAUAUCAUCCAUUUCAGCUGACUACUUAGAGAUUUUUUCUUAUCACGCUUCUUCGCUUUCUUCUGACAUGGAUCGUAUAAGUACGUCUUCUUUUAUAAUGUCAGCUCUUAACAGCGAAGUUUUUGGUGAAUCUGGUUAUGUCGGAGCCGUAAUGUCUAAAACAAUAUUGAAUGAUGGAAUUCUGUAUUCGAAUAUGAUUUCAGAAAAUAAUGACGAACUCAAUUUAUUGUUGGUCUUAACUAGUGGAUAUUAUUUAUUAUCUAUGGAUGCGGAUUGUUUUAGUAGAGAAGGGAAAUCGUUAGACUAUCCGACACCUGAACAGCCUAUUUUAGCAUCUGCCUGCCUAGAAAAGGUUGACAAAGGGCUGAACUCUGCACCCGCUUUGAGGGAAUUCAAACUUCCGGUGUCUAUAAAAGAAACAGAAAACACGAUUUUUGAAUAUGCAUCAAGCAUCCUGAACUCUUCUUCAUCCGAGCACUUGAAAUCUAUUGUUGGUACAAUCAUUCCUCAAGACGAUGAAGUAUUUAGUUUUGUCAAUAUGCUAUUAAAGAAAAGGGUCAACGAAAAACUGAAAGAGGAAUUACCAAAUCAAAUUGAGUCACUAAUUAGGCUGUCGAUUGGUUCACACCUGAAUGCAACUCUCAAAAUUAAAAUAAAGCAGACGGCAGAAGAAUGUUUUAAGAAAUCACUGAAUUCUUACGAGCCUACCGCUUUUAUUUAUGAAGGAAAGGAUUUGUUGAAAAAUUCCUUAGAAAAAAUCAAGUUACAUAACCAAGAAAAGGCAACGGCUAUGUCUGAUCUGGCUAAGCGUGUAAGUACUAUUAGGACAUCUUUAGAGAAUAAGAAUACUCAUGACGAUGGUUCUUACUCGAUAAUCUCUAAUGAUGUUUCGCACCAUCUUGAUGAUCUUUCAGGAAUGAUUGAUGCCACAAAAAAUGAAGAAGCUUUAAUUUUUUUCACAAAAUAUCCAAACGUCCAUAUGUUUCGAAUGCUAAAAAGAAUACCUGACUAUGCCUUAGAUGAGUGCUCGUUUAUUCAUUUGUUAACUUUCAUCCACACGUUAUCAACCUUUAUUUUUGCAGACGAUGAUCUCAAAAAGCUAUGCAUACAAUUAAUGUCAAGGGCAACUUCUCGUUUGCGUGCUAUGGAAGCACCGCGUCUAGUUGAAAAGGAUAAUGUUUCACCUGAACUUUUCCCUACUGUUGUCGAAAUUACAUUAAAAAAUGUCGAAACACUUUUAUUCCAUCAGGUAGUUCCUGGCUAUGAGACAAAGUACGAAUUCUUGAAAACUUCUCUUAAAUCUUUAAGAAAAGAACUGAGAACAUCUUACGGUCUCUAA